GGCGACGGCAGCCCAUAUCGAAAGCUUUACCGUAGGCUCAGGCGUUGUAAAGGUUGGUAUAUGAUCUUAGCUUCUCCUCUACUCAAGCGUAUUCGUUUCAACCACCAGCAACUGCUACCUCCUCCUGUUCACAAGUAUUGUAACCGCUACCUGUCCAGUAUGGUGCAAAACAAAGGUCUUAUUUACGCCGCCCAUCCAAGCGGCUUUCCGGAGAUAGGGAAGCAUCUCAAGAUUGAGAAUCGAGACUUUGACGAGGACCAAGCUCCGCCUUCAGGUGGUAUCACCGUCAAGGUCCAUUAUGUCUCCUUCGAUCCUUACCAACGUGGUCGCAUGCGGUCCCCUGACGUCAAGUCAUAUGCGCCUCCGUUCGAUCUGGGCAAGCCGGUGACGAACAGUGCAAUCGUCACCGUCAUCAAAAGCGACAACAGCAAAUUCAAGCCUGGCCAAGUCCUCUACGCGCCUCGGACAUGGACGGAAGAGUACAGCGCCCUCGACAAAACCAUGGCAGACCCGUGUAAAGUGCUCGAUAACCCGUACAAGCUCGACCCUAAACUGUUCGUCGGCGCACUCGGCAUGCCAGGCUUGACAGCAUACUCUUCCUUCUACGCCAUAGGUAAGCCGAAAAAGGGCGAGACCAUCUUCAUCUCUGCCGCAUCGGGAGCCGUGGGCCAGAUCGUUGGCCAACUCGCGAAGCACGAGGGCCUGAAAGUAGUGGGGAGCGUGGGUGAUGACAAGAAGCUUGAGUUCAUCACCAAAGAUCUUGGCUUCGAUGCUGGUUUCAACUACAAGAAGGAGAAGACGGCCGAAGCGCUGAAGCGGCUGGCACCCGACGGUAUCGACAUCUACUACGAGAACGUCGGAGGCGAGACGCUUGAGGCGGCCAUUGCGCAUCUUAACCCGUUCGGCCGGAUCAUUGCUUGCGGCAUGAUAAGCCAGUACAACACGCCUCCUGACCAGCAUUAUGGCGUGAAGAACAUGAUGAUGUUCGUUGCAAAACGCCUCUGCAUGCAGGGCUUCAUCGUUGGAGACGAGAACAUGGGCCCCGUAUACGCAGAGGAGCACCAGAAGAAUGUGCAAAAGUGGUUAUCGGAUGGGUCGUUCAAGGCGGAGAUGUCCACGACCAAGGGCAUUGACAACGCUGCGGAGGGUCUGUUGGGGCUGUUCGAGGGAAAGAACUUUGGCAAGGCCGUGUUGGAGAUCAGUCCGCUAUAGUCACUCGAACUCUGCCAGAUCGGUGAGGUAAGCCGUGGUGACUCCUCACCUUCCAUGAUUUAGUGACUCCUCAAGCACAUACAGUUGCACAAUGGGAGUAAGUCCCGGACUAGGUUUGACGUAACGAGGUGGACUCUUCGAGCGGAUGCCGAACGCUCCACUAGCACGAGCCUCGUGCGCUGGUACGGCAUUGUCGAUCAGGAAUCUCGUUCUCGUUAAAGAUCUACCCUGCUGCAUAGACCAGAUACAACGUGGCGUAGCGCAACACUCACGGCGAGAUGACAAUCGAAGAGCACAGCUAUUGCAUGUCCGAGUGCUACUAUGUCGGAAAAGCGGCAGAGUUAAGCGAAGUAGGCCACUCCACAACGUCAACAACAAUCAUACCACUAACGGCCAUGAGGAUUUGUAGGU